GAACUGAAGCGAGGGCUGGUGUUAGUAUGUGGACGAACAGCAAAACAGCCGGAGCCACUCUGACAAUCCUCAACUGCUUGCAGCGCAGCUGUCAACCGACGGUGUUGCGGAGGGGGACCGACGGGCGGCAGCGGCGGCUCUGUAGACUUGUGUCAUCGUCGGGACCCCCGUGGAGGCUCCUGUUCUUUGGCUCUGAUCAGUUUGCAGUGGACUCUCUAAAGCUCCUCGCAUCCAGCAGGAGCUCCGGUGGAGAGAUAGUGGAGUCCCUUGAAGUUGUUACCUUGUCUGGUCAUGUCCCAGUGAAGAGUUUUGCUCAACAGAACCACCUUCCAGUCCAUAGCUGGCCGCCUGACAUUGUGGAUGGACAGUUUGAUGUCGGGGUGGUGGUGUCUUUUGGCUGUUUACUCCAUGAGAGACUGAUCAAAAAGUUUCCAUACGGGAUUUUGAAUGUUCACCCCAGCCUGCUGCCCAGGUGGCGAGGCCCAGCGCCCAUCUUCCACACCAUUUUGCACGGUGACACUGUGACAGGAGUCACCAUCAUCCAGAUCCGCCCUCACAGGUUUGAUGUGGGCCCCAUUCUCAACCAGGAGCUCCAUCAGGUCCCUGAGAACUGUACUGCUGAUGAGCUUGGAGCUGCCCUAGCCACUAAGGGAGCACAUCUGCUGCGUGAUACGCUGAUGACACUGUCUGAGAGAAUAGCAAAUAAGAGGGAGCAGAGAGAGACAGGUGCAACAUUUGCCCCAAAAAUCAGUACUGCCCUGAGCUGGAUGGUGUGGGAGGAACAGACUUGUGACCAAAUCGAUCGUCUGUAUCGUGCCAUCGGAUCCCGGAUACCGUUGAGGACCAUGUGGAUGGGCAGGACAAUAAAACUUCUGGAUUUUGUAGGAAAAUGUCACAUUUCAUUAUCAGAUCAAAAGAGGAAACCUGUCCCUGGCUCAUUGACCUAUCAGAAGGAGUCCAAUACUCUGGCUGUCUGCUGUAAGGAUGGAUGGGUGGGAUUCAAGGCAGUGCUUCUGAAAAAAAAAAUGACAGCAGCCGACUUCUAUAAUGGCUACCUGCAUCAGACGCUGCAGAAGAACCCCCCCUAUCAGACAGCUGAAGGACUGUUUGUCAGUAGAAAAGGAGGACCUGCAGCACAACUGAUGAGAGAAAACUCAGUGUUGUGAUGUUAAAACAAUAAUUUUAUUCCUUGAUGUGAACACUGCAGCGAUGACAUCAUAUAUUGGAUUUUACUGGGCUUACGUUGUUACUCUUGUCUGUUUUAAGACAACUGCAUCUACAGUACAUUUACUGUAUUAAUGUAUUUGUACUUUACUGUGUACUUGUAAUAAAUGAAUGUAAAGUUGACAGACGCCAGGAACAAUCAUGAAAAACUAUUUAUUUCUAUUUAUUGCUUUCUUUAUCUUUUCUCCACUUACCUAAAAGGAUUAUUUUUUACAACUUGUGAAUUUUGAUCGAGUGAGAUUUGAUUAACCAGUCUCCUUGAAUGCAAUGUCACUCCGUAGCAGUGUUUGAGUUUAAAAAGUGCCUGUUGUAAGAGCAAGCGUUGACCCAUGGUAUCAUACUGUGUUUGCAGUGACAGUGUUACCGUACCAGUGGCCAGGGAGCUCAGCUAUACACCAACUCCAGUUUACACUUUCUUUACUCAUUGACAGUGUUCUGGUAGUGGCUUGGUCUUUGUCGGCUGCUAUGACUGAUGCAGCAGAGAUUUAGUGGAGUUGGUUUGCAGGUGUUUUGCCUUUGCAUACUAUACCACAAACCACUGGAAAACACUACAUCAUGAACUGUUGGAGCAGUAGCACAUUGGGAAAUUCAUGUUACCAGAGUAGUAAUUAACAUCUUCUCAAGGCCAAAAAAAGUGCUGAGGGGCAAAAAUCCAUCUUUAUAUAUGAAGAUGUACACAUGAAAUACUAACAUUUAAAAUUGGAUGUGUUAAAUGUGAUGAACCUAUAACCAGCUCAAAAUGUCCGUGUUAUGGUCCAUGCCUACUGUAGGGGCUUAAAUUCCACAACAAAGUUAAAAGAUAGUUUGGGAUUUUUAGCCACACAAGUAGCGUGGCUCAUCAACUAUUGUACUUUGCUUUAUGUUUAGUGCCAGCGAUUGGGCGCUUGCUCAUGUAGCAACUGAGCAAGAUUUCUGUCACUAAUUUUAUGUCUUGCUGUAUGUUCCUUUAUGUCUGUAGGUAUAUUCCCUUGUUGCUCAAUAAA